UUGCUUUGAAGAGCUCCGGGUUUGCACAUCCGUGCUGGUCCCUCUGCGCUUUCUUUUCACUGAGUGCACAGCGAGAGAUCCCGCGGGCCUUGUCUGAGACACUCUUCAAACAGCAUCGGCUCAAAAACAAGCACUUAAUAGAGAGCUGCUGGGAUAUUAACCAUCUCCCUCACUUUUGCACUGAAGUCUACAGGGUUUGAAACCAUGUUGAGAUUGCUCUUUAUCGCCGCUCUCGCAACGGCCGCGAGGGCAAGCGAUGUGCUCGAGUUCACAGAUGAUGAUUUUGACAGCAAAAUCGGAGACCACGAUCUUAUUCUGGUUGAAUUCUUCGCACCCUGGUGUGGCCAUUGCAAACGUCUUGCACCCGAGUAUGAGGCGGCCGCCACUCGACUGAAAGGCAUCGUUGCCCUUGCUAAGGUGGACUGUACUGCCAAUUCCAAUGUGUGUGGCAAAUAUGGUGUAAGCGGAUACCCGACCCUGAAAAUCUUCAGAGGAGGAGAGGACUCCGGUGGCUACGAUGGUCCCAGGACAGCCGAUGGAAUUGUUAGCCAUCUGAAGAAGCAGGCAGGUCCAGCAUCCGUGGAGAUCAAAAGUGAGGCAGACUUUGAGAAGUUCAUCGGGGAUCGUGAUGCCAGUGUUGUUGGUUUCUUCGCUGAUGGGGGAAGCACCGCUCAGGGAGAGUUUUUGAAGGCUGCCAGUGCUUUCAGAGAGUCCUACCGGUUUGCUCACACAAACGUUGAGGACUUGCUGAACAAACUUGACAUUGAUGGAAAGGGCAUUAUUUUGUUUCGGCCACCGCACCUCAGCAACAAAUUUGAAGACAGCAGAGUGGAGUUCUCUGAGGAUUCGUUCACAAGCGCCAAGAUCAAGAAGUUCAUUCAGGACAACAUUUUUGGCAUCUGUCCUCACAUGACAGAUGACAACAAAGACCAACUGAAAGGAAAAGAUUUGUUGGUGGCUUAUUACGAUGUGGACUAUGAAAAGAACCCUAAGGGAUCCAACUACUGGAGAAACAGGGUAAUGAAGGUGGCCAAGAGCUUCUUGGAUCAGGGGAAGAAGCUUAACUUUGCUGUGGCCAGUAAGAACAGUUUCGGUCAUGACGUGGCUGAACUGGGUCUGGACGCCAGCAGCGGAGAGGUGCCUGUUGUCGGCAUCCGAACUGCCAAGGGCGACAAAUACGUCAUGAAAGAGGAGUUCUCCCGUGAUGGAAAAGCCUUGGAGAAAUUCCUGCAGGAUUAUUUCGAUGGAAAUCUGAAACGUUAUCUCAAAUCCGAGCCUAUUCCCGAAAACAACGAUGGCCCUGUAAAGGUGCUGGUGGCUGAGAACUUUGACUCGAUUGUAAAUGACGACAGCAAAGACGUUCUCAUCGAGUUUUACGCACCCUGGUGUGGGCACUGCAAGAGCUUGGAGCCUAAAUACAAAGAACUUGGGGAGAAGCUUGCCAAUGAUCCAAACAUUGUAAUUGCUAAGAUGGAUGCCACUGCUAAUGAUGUUCCUCCUCCAUAUGAAGUUAGAGGAUUCCCGACAAUCUUUUUCUCUCCCGCCGGUCAGAAGCAGAAUCCAAAGAAAUAUGAGGGUGGUCGCGAGGUCAGCGACUUUAUCUCCUACUUGAAAAAAGAGGCCACCAACCCUCUGGACGUUCAGGAGGAUGACAAGAAAUCAAAGAAGAAGAAGAAGUCCGAGUUAUAAACAAUCAAAACCCAAUAACUCUGUGAAGGGAAUUUUGCAGGAGGCGUAAAUUAUAUUUCAGUCUUUAGUGAACAGAGUGCUCUGAUACAAUGCCAGCCCUCUCUUGGGCCUGCUGCUCUGGGAACACUGUGUUGAAGGUUGUGGUGGCCAGACCAAGUGUGAUUUUUAGAUCAGUGGAAGAGGUACAGAUUUGACAAAUUGAGAUUAUUUUCCCUCUACUGUACCCCAGAGAAAUGCACUUUUGAGACCAAUUCCACAGUUUGUUUUCUUUCUCAUGGAAAAGGGGAGGGGAUUUGGUGAAUUAUGUUUUUAUACCAUGUUUUCUUUUGAUCUGUUUUUUGUACAUUUGGAAGGAAUGUGAAAUAAAAGGCCCACUAAACCUGUAA